AUGAAGGGACAAACACUAGCCCUCUCCCUCUCCCUCUCCCUCCUCUUCAUCGCCAUAACUGUGGUGGCCGUUGAUGCCGACUCAUGGACUCCGAUAAAGAACUUGAAAGGCGAGCAUGUGCUUGAGAUCGCAGAGUUCGCCGUUUCAGAGCAUAAGAAGCUAGUCAAAUCCGAUGCGGUACUUCAAAGAAUCCUUAAAGGCGAAUCACAGGUCGGAGACGGCACAGAUUAUCGGCUUGAUUUGGAGGUGAAAGAACGAGGGGCUGAUGAGAAAUAUCAGACUGUCGUGAAUGAGGAUUCGAAGAAUUUAGAGAAGACUGUGACAUCGUUUGCGCCUCAUAACGGACACAUCUUUUACGGCUUUAGUGUGGCAUGUGGGUACUGUAUGGGCAGUAAGGUUAUGGGUUUUAUGAGAAGAGGAGAAGAUACUCGCAAAAACUUUACAGAUCAUCUCUAUAGUGCCUUAAUUCAGGCCGGAAUUCAUACUUUUAGGGAUGAUGAUGAACUUCCUAGAGGAGGAGAAAUCUCCCCACAGCUCGUUAAGGCAAUUGAAGGAUCAAGGAUUUCUAUAGUGGUCUUCUCCAAAGGCUAUGCUUCCUCUAGAUGGUGUCUUGAGGAACUUUUGAAUAUUCUCAAGAGCCGGCACAAAAUUGGGCAAGUUGUUCUUCCUAUAUUCUAUGAUGUGGAUCCUUCAGAUGUCAGAAAACAGACUGGGAAUUAUGCAGAAGCAUUUGAUGAACAUAGCUUCAAAGAAGAAACGGAGAAAGUCAACAAGUGGAGAGAAGCUCUUGCAGAGGCUGGAAAUCUAGCCGGAUGGGGUCUAAAAAGCGAGGCAAAUGGAAUCGAUAAGUUUAGAUAA